AUGUGCAAAUCCAGAGCUAGAGCAACCGCCGCUGCGCCAUUCUUCUUUACCCCCGCAUAUCUACAUGGAAUCGGUUCCUUUCAGGAUGGGGGCUUAAAACAUAACUUCCCUGGCGAGAUUGCAUGGCAAAUAUGUCGACAAAUCUGGCCUCAAAGAAGUGGAUCCACGCGCAUGCUAUCUCUUGGCACAGGAAGUAGCGAGGUUCCGUCUCAACCGACCCCGCAUUUUCGACACGUUUUUCGAGACGGUUUUUUACGUCGGGGGUUUAAUGCAUGGAUGUCUACAAUGGAAAGCGAACGUGAUUCCAGGCGACUGGAGAGACGUCUUAAGUCCUCACAGGCCGCAGAGUAUCACCGGCUAAAUGUGCCCUUGAAAAAUGUGCCUGAGAGCAUUGAUGCGAUCAAAUCUAUUGAAGAUUACCGCGACUUGGUGAUACUUCAACCGGGAAGCGCCCGGAUGGCACGAGAAGCAGCCAUGAUGCUGCUUAUCUCGAGAUUCUAUUUCGUGUUGGGUGACCUACCAAAAAAUACCGCCAUACCAUUCUGGUGUCGCGGUUUUAUACAUUGCAAAGGAUCGGCCAAAGAUGUCAUCGCGGCGCUUCAACGGCUCCACCCGGAUGGUCUAGUCUUUGUUUCUGAUUGUGGAAGAGGUGAUACAAUCGCAGAUUUAGGAAAUAUUUGCUCAUCUUGCGGAUGCUGUAGGCAGCCAAUAACGUUCCUUGUCCGCAAUAUUGAUCAGGUCAUCAGUAUUUCUCUUCAAUCAGUUUCAAAGCAACGAUGGAGAAUUAGCGGAUUCCCGGGAAGCAUUCACUCAUUCGCUAUAAGGCAAAGCUUGGAAUCGCCAUUUGGACGGAUUGAUCAUGGGUAUCCUUCUAAAGCCUACUGUAACGAAUGUGACAACCAAGGCCCAUCAAAUAAGAGGAGGCGCCGACAGAGAUCCGGUUCCAGUGGGGUUGGGGGGUCAAAAAGGCCAUGGGUGGCCGAGAUCCCAAUCGAAACGAUCGUGUGA